AUGCUCUUACCAAUAUUAUUAUCGUUAUUUAUAUAUUUGAGAUUAUUAAAUGCUAUAAUUCCAUUUGAUGGAAUUAUUCAUCGAUCAACAGAUGGUACUUCUUAUGCAUAUUUAUCGCCACCAAAAACAGGCAAUCAUGCAUCAUUCAUUGAACAAAUGACACCAUCUGGAACUUUAGCUAUUGCUUGGUUUACUGGAGGUGAAAACGAACCUAAUUGUUCUAUUGCACUUUCACUUUUACAUAUUGAUUCACAACAAUUUACACCAGGUGUUAUUGUUAGUGAACGUGCAAAUUAUUCAAAUCAAAAUCCAGUUCUUUUUUGGGAUAAUCAAGCACAAAUAUUACAUUUAUAUCAUUCAUCACAAUUAGGUAAUGCAGGUGAAACAAAUUCACAAAUAUGGCACGUACAAAGCAAAGAUCAAGGUGCGACAUGGUCAACUGCUGCACCUUUCUAUACUAUAUCAGGUUCAUUUGAUCGUAAUCGUAUUAUUCCAACAAUGAACAACGAUGGUGUAUUGUUUCCAUGUUAUAAUACCACAACAAAUUCUGGUUAUUCAUUUAUACUUCGAUCAUCAUUUAUCAAUUCAUCAUGGACACGUAUUAAUUUACCAUUGACUAAUAACCUUAUUCAACCAUCGAUUAUUCGUUUAAAUAAUUCUCCACAAUUGCGAAGUUUUUUUCGUGAUAGAAAUGCUCAAUCAAUAUAUUAUUCUGAUAGUAAUGAUGAUGGCUCAACAUGGUCACUACCAAAAGUAACAUCUCUACCAAAUAAUGAUGCUGGAAUUGAAGGUUAUACAUUAAAAAAUGGAGCUGUUCUUAUGACAUUUAAUAAUCUUAAUGGAACACAACAACCAAGAUCACCGUUAACCAUUGCACUUUCGUACGACAAUGGGUUGACUUGGCCAUAUAAAAGAACUAUUCAAAUUCAUGCUGAUGAUAAUACGACAUAUAUUGGAGAAUAUUCAUAUCCAUCUUUAAUACAAACUUCAUGGACUGCUCCGGAUGAUAAUGAUAUACAUUUAGUAUAUACAUAUGAUAGACAAACAAUAAAAUAUGUUCGAUUUAACGAAAAAUGGAUUAAACAAGGAUUCUAA